CUCCCAGCAGUGCGCGCUGACGACAGCAGGUGAUUUUUUUUCUGCAGCGCUCUUUCUCUCAGCAUCUUUCCUGCAUGUUUUUUUCCCUCUGCUGAGCGGCAGAAAAGGGUGGGGUCGCUUCCUUCAGCAGAAAGGGCGGCGGCAGCAGCUGCGGCAUCUUUGGGAGCAGCGGCAGAGGCAGCAGCUGGAGGUGAUCGCCUCCGAGCCCUGCUAAGUGGCCGGCUGAGACCGGACGCCGGCAGGAAGGACAAAUAGAGCCUCGUCCACGAACCCUUCGACCACACUGCCCGGUCCUUCUUCUGCGCCAUGGCUUAAGUCAGCGGCCACCUUGCCUCGCGUCGCCAGGAUCUGCCGGGGUCUGCGCGCCGCCGCAGCCCCAGUGAGGGGCGCUUCCCAGACGCCUUCGCUCGGGGACUUGGGGACGCCCUGUCUCUCACCCUCCGGUGACUGCAGCAAACUGCGUUCUCAAGACCUUUGCAGCCGGUAAUCGAGAGACUUUACGGACUUUAUCUCAGUGAUAGCUUUGCUGGCCCAACCUUCCCGGGUGCUUUCUGAGGGAGGAGGGCGAGGUAGCUCAGGCCACCAAGGAAAAAAACGGUGGGAACCAGAUUGGCUGGUCAAAACUAGGGGAUUGAAGAAAGAUUAGAGAUUUGCGUUAGAACCACAAAAAGAAAGGGAGGACCAGCUUGGCAGCUAGCAUCAUGGCGUGGCCGUGCAUCACGCGGGCCUGCUGUAUCGCCCGCUUCUGGAACCAGCUGGACAAGGCGGACAUCGCCGUGCCGCUGGUUUUCACCAAGUACUCGGAGGCCACCGAGCACCCGGGCGCCCCGCCACAGCCGCCACCGCUGCAGCAGCAGCAGGCACAGCCAGCGCACGCUCCCCCCUCGGCUCGGUCUGUCGCCAUAGAGACGCAGCCAGCCCAAGGCGAGUUGGAUGCAGUUGCCCGGGCAACAGGGCCGGCGCCUGGGCCUAGUGGCGAACGGGAGGCGGCGGCCGCAUCCGGCCGGAGUGGACUGGCCUCCGGCCCAGGCUCCGGCUCCACCUCCGGCGCGGGCCCAGCGGACUCGGUGAUGCGUCAGGACUACCGCGCCUGGAAGGUGCAGCGGCCCGAGCCGAGCUGCCGGCCCCGCAGCGAGUACCAGCCUUCCGACGCGCCUUUUGAGCGCGAGACCCAGUACCAGAAGGACUUUCGCGCCUGGCCACUGCCGCGCCGCGGGGACCACCCGUGGAUCCCCAAACCCGUGCAGAUCCCCACAUCCUCCCAGGCUCCAGUGCCUAUUCUCGGGGCGCCCAAGCGCCGGCCUCAGAGCCAGGAGCGCUGGCCGGUGCAGGCCGCCGCUGAGGCUCCGGAGCAGGCUGCGGGCCCUGGUGGAGCGGGUGUCCUCGCGGCGGGAAAGGCGUCCGGGGCGGACGAGCGCGACACACGCAAGAAGGCGGGGCCCGCCUGGACGGCGCGUCGCCCCGAGGUGCUGGGGCACGAGCACACGCCGCUGCCCUCAGCCCAGGCUCAGGUCCAGGCCUCGGGCCCCGAGGGUGGCAAGGGGCGUGCAGCGGCGGACGCCCUCAACAGGCAAAUCCGCGAGGAGGUGGCAAGUGCGGCGGGCAGCUCCUACAGGAAUGAAUUCAGAGCAUGGACGGACAUCAAACCUGUGAAAGCAAUAAAAGCAAAGCCUCAGUACAAGCCCCCAGAUGAUAAGAUGGCUCAUGAGACCAGCUACAGCUCCCAGUUCAAAGGGGAGGCCAAUAAGCCAACACUAGCUGACAAUAAGAUCAUUGAUCGCAGAAGAAUACGCAGCCUCUACAGCGAACCUUUCAAGGAACCCCCAAAGGUGGAGAAACCUAGUGUUCAGAGUUCCAAACCAAAAAAGACCUCAGCGAGCCGUAAGCCCCCGAGGAAGGCCAAAGACAAGCAGGUGGUGUCCGGCCGGACCUCCAAGAAAAAGAGCGCGGAGGGCCCCACCGCUGCCCAACCCGAUGACAAGGAGCAAAGCAAAGAGAUGAACAAUAAACUGGCUGAAGCGAAAGAGAGCCAGGUCGAACCCAUCAGUGAUUCACGUAAGAAUCGAGGUCCUGUAGCCACAGAGCCAGAUAAGGAUCAAGGUCCCGUGGGCCCGGGGUCUCUAAAAGAUCAAGGACUUGUAAUCCAAGAGCCUCCGAAGGAUCAAGCUCCUGUGGGCUCAGGGCCUCUGAAGGAUCUAGGUCCCAUGGUCCCCGCACCAGUUAAGGAUCAAGGUCAUGUGGCCCCUGAAUCUUUAAAGAAAGAAGGUUCUGUGAUCUCAGCACCAGUCAAAGACCAAAGUUCCUUGUUCCCGAUGCCUCCAAAGAAUCAAAGUCCUGUGGAUCCAGCAAGAGUUAUGGAUCAAGGUUCCAUAGUACCAGAGCCUCCGAAGGAUCAAGGUCCCACGGUCCCAACACCUGUCAGGGAUCAAGGUCCUAUGGUCCCAGAGCAUCUGAAGCCGCAAAGUGCCACGGUGACAGCACCAAUAAAGAAAGAAGGUCCUGUGUUGCCUGAGCCCAUAAAGAAUCAAGGUGUGGUUGUCCCAGAGCCAGGCAAGGAUCAAAGUGGAGUGGUCCCAGCGCUUCUGAAGGGUCGUGAUUCUGUGGUUGCAGCACCUGCAAAGGACCAAGGUCCUGUGGUUCCAGCACUAACCAAGGACCGAGGCCCCAUGGUCCCCGAGCCUCCAAAGAAUCAAGGUCCUGUCAUCCCCGAGCCUGUGAAGACUCCAGUUCCUAUAAUCCCCAUGCCCCUGAAAGAUCGAGACCCUCUGGUGCCACCACCAGCAAAGGACCAAGGUCCUGUGGUCCCUGAACCUCUGAAGAUUCAAGGUCCCAAGGGCCCUCAGCUGCCCACCGUCUCACCUCCACCCCCAGUCAUGAUCCCAACUGUCCCCCAUGCAGAAUAUAUUGAGAGUCCCCCCUGACACCCACCCCUUGACACACCAAGGAAAGAGCUGGCAGUGAAAGUGCCCCCUCCCUGGGGCGGCGAAGACUCACAUUUAAUAUGCAUGAAACAUGUACUGUAUAGUCUUGCUGGAAUCUAAUAAAACUGAUCCC